AUGGCAGUACAAAAGGAAAUUAACAUAGAUAAACCUGUGGAGAUUGAAAAUCCGACUUUGUCAUUCACUAAAUUAACUCCAGAACUUUCACUUUCUGCUUUAACUUUACAGGGGGAUUAUUAUUCUGACUUACAAGCUAAGUAUAUGAAAACUUUCCUCUGGAGUUUACCUGUUCAAAGUACCAUUGCUGUGAUUUUAGCUGGAUAUUAUUACUAUGUUUUGAAAGACUAUAUUGAAAUCUCCGAAUCUGUUGGAGAAUUCUUGAGAUUAGUUAAGAAUUCAAGUGAUUUAAGAGUUUCCUUUGUUAUCAGUUUUGCUGUUUUAGCAGUAUCAUUAGCAGUUUUCGGUGUUAUUGGAAUGUACAUCACUGAUGAAUUUAAAAUCAUCUCCAAUAAUUUAUCAGCUAAUUCAUACAUCCAAUAUAUCUUUGGAUUUGAUCUUCAUAAAUUUUCCAAGUUAGAUAACGAAAAAGUUACCAACUUGAAAGAGAAGAAAUUAUAUGAUCAAGGAGAAAAUUCACAAAUUGUUUUAUUCAAAGAAGAUCCUAUUGGUAUAAUAACUUUAACUCCACUUUUCGAUAAAUCAUCAGAUUCAAAUUUAGUAGUUAGAAUUUCUGGAUUGAACGUUAGAAAAGCUUUUAGAAAAUAUGAUUUUGAAAGUUUGUUAUUAGAUUUUGCUGUUGAAAGAUCAAAACUUAUUUACAAGCAAUAUUUAAAAGAUAAAAAAAUUAAAAAAUCCAAUGGAUGUAAGAUUACUUUAUUAAUUGAUGGCUAUUCUUUCGAUAAAGAAUUCCUUGAACCAAUCAUUAAUCAUAAUUUCAGUGAGGUUGAUGCCACUUACCAAUUAAAUCCUUUAACUGACAAAACUGCUUUCUUAAAGGGAGCUGUUAACAAGUUCUUGGGAAUCACUAGAAAAACUUUUGGUGUCCAAGUUAUUGAUAUGAAUAAAGAUUCUAAAUAG